CUAUAAAUAGAGGUGAGUCUGAUUCCUUGUACUCGUCUACUCAAACACACACCCAAAUACCUUGCUAGACUGAAGAGUGCAACCAAUUAUGGAGCACGACCUCUGUGAAGCUGCAAUUACAGGGGACACCGAAUCACUGCACAACAUAAUCGGAAAAGAUCCACUGAUUCUUCACAAAGUUGCAGCCGGAUGUUUCCAUUGCGCUGCAAGUCCCCUCCACUUGGCUACGUUAAGCGAGCAAACAGACUUUGUGGUAGCACUACUGAAUCUCAAACCGGAGCUCAAAUUGAGACUCACAGAAGUCUUAGAUUCGCAACAACGGUCUGCCCUUCACUUGGCAUCGGCCAUGGGGCACGACCAGAUUGUGAAGGUAUUAGUGAAGGCCAACUCCAAGAUGUGCCUGGUUCGUGAUCGAGACGGUAAAACCCCCCUCCAUGUGGCCGCCAUGGAAGGCAAGACCAGUGUCUUGGAUGAGCUGGUUCAAGCCAGCCCACAAGCGGCUCGAGUCAGGGGGGAUCAAAACGAGACGAUCUUGCACUUGUGUGUCAAGCACAACCAGUUGGAGAGCUUGAUGAAACUGUUGGCUAUGAUAAAAGGUUGCGAUUUUGUCGACGCUAAGGAUAGUGAUGGAAACACCUUUUUGCAUCUAGCUAUUUUGUAUAAACACUUUCAGAUUGCACGUCAUGUCUUAGGGAUGGAAACAAAAGAUGUGAAUGCGACAAGUGGAUGUUGCACUACAACACAAAAGUCAUUGAAUAAGAUCGCGUAUUUGCUAGGGAAGGGAACAAACGAAGAAAAGGAAACAAUAGAUGUGAAUGUGACAAAUGCAAGUGGACACACAGCAAUGGAUGUCCUUUUGUUCCUUGGACCAGAUACGGAAGAAGCCUGUCAUAUCGAAGACUUACUUCGAAAAGCCAAUGCUAAAAAGGGGAAAGAUCUCGUAGCUGGAGAUUGGCUUACGAGUAAAAGGGAAUCCUUAAUGGUUGUGGCAUCACUUAUUGCAACAAUGGCAUUCCAAGCUGGGGUGAGCCCUCCUGGAGGCGUUUGGCAAGACAACUCAGAUGGACACAGAGCCGGAGAAGCUGUAAUGGCUUAUUAUUAUCAAGAUUCUUAUCCGUUCUUCCUCCGCCUUAACACGAUAGGAUUCGUUGCAUCAUUGAGUACAAUUUUGCUGCUCAUGAGCGGAUUGAAAUUCAGGAACAAGGCGACAAUGUGGGUCCUUAUAGUGACCAUGUGGUUGGCAAUCACAUCAAUGGCAAUUACAUAUUCGUUUUCCAACGUUGUGGUUACUCCUAAAAAGGACAGACGAUCACUCACUAAUACCAUUAAAAUUGGAGUUAUAGUGUGGUCCAGUGUGAUGGCUCUUCUUCUAGUGAAACACACAUUCGGCUUGGUGGCAUUUUUCGCGAGAGACGAAAGAAGAAAAAUGAAGGCAAAUAAAAGGAUUAAUAAAUUUGAGGCGCCGAGUUCCCGUGGUGGCAAAGGUAGAGGAGCGAAUCCUCCCCUUCCCCUCAGGUCUGUGGCUGAUGAAGAUGAUUUCAUGGAGGAUGAUGAGGUCUUCGCGAGGAUGGUGCCUCUAGUUUCUCUCAGUCUUCGGGUGGUGAUUGGCUUGCAAAGAAAAGGGGAUCCUUUAAUGGUUGUGACAGUACUUAUUGUGACAAUGGCAUUCAAAGCUGGGGUGAACCCUCUUGGUGGCGUCUGGCAAGACGAUGAUGGGCACGUAGCCGGUGAAUCCGUGAUGGCUUAUCAUCAUAAAAGCUCUUAUCCGUACUUCCUCUUGUUUAACACGAUCGGAUUUGUCGCAUCCUUGAGCACGAUUUUGUUGCUCAUCAGUGGAUUAGGUUUCAAGAACAAGGCUGCAAUGUGGUUCCUUACGGUGACCAUGUGGUUGGCAAUUACAGCAAUCGCAACCACAUAUGCGUUUGCAACCUUUGUGGGUACUCCUAAAAUGGACCAUCGAUCCCUCGGUUAUACCAUCAAGAUUGGAGUUAUAGUGUGGUCGGGGUUGAUGUCACUUCUCCUACUGAAUCACACAUUUAACUUGGUAACACUUUUUGUGAAAGAGAAAAGGAGUAAAAUGAAGGCCAUCAGAAGGAUUAUGGGAUUCAACCCGCAGAGUUUGCUUGAUGGUUUGCCAAUUGUAUGCAAUCUCCUACGUACGUGCGAGAAAUGGAAGAGCAACUCCUCCCCUUUCCGUCACUGAGAUGGCAUGUGUUACAGAGCAUGAGGCUGAUG